AUGGCGGACUUGUUAUACCCUGCCAAAAGCACUCCCGACGUGCUACCUCUCCCAGCCAUACCUCGUCACCUUACCCUAGCCCAUUUCAUCUUCGACCACUGUCACUCCCACACUACUACACAUGAAGAGCGCCCCUACCUUAUCGAAGAGAAGUCGGGAAGGAUGAUAGUAAUAGAGGAGCUUCGCUCGAGGACGCUGGCAUUGGCAUCUGCUCUGCGUUCCGAGUACGGAAUUGAAGAAGACGACGUUGUACUGAUAUCAAGUCCGAAUCAUGUCGAUUAUCCCGUCUUGGUGUGGGCGACACACCUUUUGGGGGCCGUUGUGACGCUCUCCAAUCCUAAUUUUACCGUGGAAGAAUUAUCCUUCCAUAUUCGCCUCACUAAACCGACCUUAAUCAUAGCCCACUCAUCUGCUCUCGAGACAGCUCAACUGUGUGCUGAGCGGUCGACUGGACUGGGACUUGAUCGCGUCAUCGCCCUUGAACGCACAUCGAAUGGAAUUCUUAGUGUCGCUGAUUUGAUCUUGACGCAGAAUAUGGUUACGACCGAGACGUCAUUUCAAGGUAUACAGCCCAGAGAGGGGCUUGGUGACAAGGUUGCAGCGCUUUGUCUGAGCAGUGGAACCACCGGCUUGCCCAAGGUCGUCAGGAUAACACAUCGUUCCUUCAUCGCCAAUAUCAUCCAGAUGGCUAUACAUACCCGAACAGGUAUAACCGUACCAGGCCUGCGAACAGGUGACGUUGCGUUAGGAGUCCUUCCUUUUUUUCAUGCCGCUGGCCUUGUCAUCAACCUCCAUUUCCUUCUCUACUCUGGAUUAUCUAUCGUUGUCGUUGAAAGAUACAACUUCCUCGAGAUGCUCAACCUGAUAUCCCGCUUUCGUAUCACCACACUCAUCCUUGUCCCUCCUCAAGCGGUCUCGUUAUGUAAACAUCCGGCAACAAAUACGCAAGCUUUGCGUACUGUAAGAUAUGUCAUAGUUGGGGCAGCUCCGGUUCCCAAAGAGCUGCAACAUUCGCUUCAUGGGGUAUUCCCAAGGGCGCAGAUAGGUCAGGCAUAUGGGUCAACAGAGGCUACGUGCACGGUAGCCAUGAUCUCGCCUCAAAGAGGGCCUCCAGGAAGUGCCGGAAAAAUUCUUCCUGGAGUGGAAACUAGAGUGUACAGGAGCGACGGUUCUCUAGCCAGACAGGGAGAAAGAGGUGAACUUUAUGUUAAGAGCCCCUCAGUGGCUCUGGGGUACCUCAAUAACGAUGUUGCAAAUCGAGAAACGUUCAGGGAGGGCGGCUGGGUCCGUACUGGCGACCAGGUCAGUAUUACCAGUGACGGAGACGUCUUCGUGCACGAUCGAACCAACGAUUUCAUCAAGGUGAAAGGGUUCCAAGUUGCCCCUGCCGAGCUGGAGGGAUGUCUCUUAGACCAUCCAGAUGUGGCAGAUGUCUGCGUCCUCGGAAUGCCUGAUCCAUAUUGUGGCGAAGUACCGCGAGCCUUUGUCGUUCUUUCACCGUCAACCGUCAGUAGAUCUCCGCAUCCUGACAGUGUCAGAAACUCGAUAAUAGAGUAUUUGGGAAAUAGAAAGUCGUCCUACAAGCAUCUUCGAGGAGGUGUAGAGUUUGUUUCGUCUAUACCCAAAACAUCGAGCGGCAAGAUCUUGCGCCGCGUGAUUCGAGAUGAAGUUGUUCGGAGAUCGGCCAAACUUUAA